UUAACAACAUUCAAAGAGGUAUUAAAUUUUCAUGACUCUUCAUUUGUGUUCCACACAUUAAACCUAGGUGCAUAUAUAUACAUUUGAAAGUUACAUAUUGUUGUAACAUCUCUAAAGAAUUAAAAUCCUCUACAAGAUUUAUAAAAAAUGGCAAUUUUCAACAUUUCUUCACGAGUAUUUCUCUUGCUCUCGUGCGUAGCCAUUGUUGUUACUAGCCAUAGCUUGCCGCCCAAAUUCUUCAACGUUGCCCGCUAUGGAGCCAUCGGCGAUGGCACGACUGACAACUCUCAGGCAUUUCUUAAAGCAUGGAAAGAUGCAUGUGCGUAUAAUGGAAGGAGUAGAGUUUGGAUCCCAAAUGGGAGAUUCUUGGUAGGCUCAGUCUCAUUUGAAGGCUCAUGCAACGGCUCAAUGGCGUUUCUGAUCAAAGGGGCCCUCGUGGCCCCCACUGACCGCUCGUUCACCGACACGUGGAUCGCCUUCCGGUACGUCACCGGCCUCACGGUGAAAGGCGGCGGCACCUUGGACGGCCAAGGCCAAUCAGCUUGGCCUUACAAUGACUGCAAACGCAACCCUCAAUGCAAGCCUCUCCCUGUCACAUUGAGAUUCGACUUUGUGAGAAACUCACGGGUCCAAAACAUCGAAUCCAUCAACAGCAAGAGCUCCCAUUUCAAUAUUUUCGCCUGCGAAAAUAUGAUCAUAAGCCAUGUUAAACUGUCGGCGCCUUCCGACAGCCCCAACACCGACGGCAUCCACAUCGGCAGCUCCAGCAACAUCAAGAUAUCCAACUCCGUCAUCGGCACCGGAGAUGACUGCGUGUCAAUGGUAUCCGGAAGCCAGUUCAUCGAGGUAAACGACGUCGCUUGUGGGCCCGGCCACGGCAUUAGCAUCGGGAGCUUGGGGAGGGGCCAUGAGCGUGAGUAUGUGAAGGGGAUAACUGUGAGGAACUGCAGUUUUAUUGGCUCUGAAAAUGGUGUGCGGAUCAAAACCUGGUCACCCUCUUCAUACAGCGUUGCUUCUGGUUUAGUUUUCGAAGAUAUUAAUAUGAAAAAUUCGAAAAAUCCAGUUGUUAUUGAUCAGUAUUACUGCCCUUCACCUCAUUGCUACUUGCAGGGGCAUUCGAGCUCGGCCGUCCAAAUACAAGAUGUGACGUUCAAGAAUAUCUACGGGGUGUCGAGCACAGAGGUGGCGUUGAAAUUGCAGUGCAGCGAGGCGAUGCCGUGCAAGAAUGUGAAGCUCAUCGACAUAGACUUGGCCUACGACGGCCCGGGGAGACGGGCCACGUCGCUCUGCUCGCAUGUCAUCGGCUCCUCUUAUGGCAAACUCGUACCUGCUGGAUGUGUAUAGUUUUCUCAGUUGCUAGAAUUUUCUCAAAUGUAUCUAUUUGCAAUUUGGUUUUUUCAUACAAGUCUUUGAAUUGGUUGGCUCCUUCAUAUCUUCGCUUCAGAAUGUUUUACAUUUACAAAAAGACUCAAUAUGGAUGAAUGGAUAAAAGGAAAUUGAGAUUCCCACAUCGGUUUUGAGAGAAAGAGCAGAGAGAGAGUGGGAAUAUAAAAGAGGUGCGGGUGGAACUGAGAAACAUACUUACCUGGACGGGGUCGAUGGGCGAUCCAUAAGGCCCAUGGCCUAGGUUGGCGAUCUUCAUUGCACUCUGAAGGGGCGCCAGCCUAAGGUCGGCCCAAGUGGUCGAGCCUACGUCAUAAUUUGUGCUAGCGGGGGCCUGCGUUCGCGCGGCCCCUACCCAAUUCUUAGUUCAGUAUUUUUGUAUGGUGUUGGGCUUCGGCCCGCCUUAAAUGUUUUAAAUAGUUGGCCUUUAGACGUUUUUGUCUUA